AUGGAUAACACACUUCCAAUGUGCUUGACAAUUAUCGCAUUGGAAGAGCUAAAGAGACUUCUUACACCAAUUGAGAGAUUGCCUUUAAGGUUAGGUGGAGAAUCUGGUAGCGAAUACAUAAACAGACUACUACAUGCCCAUCCUGAUUUAUGCAAAGAACAAUUGAGAUUAGAUAGAAGCAUAUUUGUGGAUCUUGUUACUUGCAUGAAAAAUAAAAAUUUAUUAUCGGAUGGUCGUUACAUAUUUGUGGCUGAGCAAUUAGGAAUAUUUUUAUAUAUCAUGGCUAAAGGCAGUUCUUAUCGUGAUGCUGCCGGUCGAUUUCAGCACUCUAUUGCAACAAUUGGGUUGUACUUUAAACAAGUACUGGAAGCAAUGGUUCAUUUGUCUACCGAGAUCAUAAGACCAUACCAAAGUUUGACCGUGGUGCCAAAAAAAAUAGGUGACAGCACAAAAUAUUGGCCAUAUUUCAAGGAUUGUGUUGGAGCAUUGGAUGGGACUCAUAUAAAUGCAGUUGUAAGCGAUGAUGAUGGUGUGGCACAUCGAGGGCGUAGUGCUCAUGAUAUUACUGUAUGGAACCAUUGCUUAACUGUACCAGAAUUUCAAGUUCCCCAUCCACCUCCAGAAAAAUAUUAUCUAGUAGAUUCUGGAUAUCCGAAUACCGUUGGAUAUUUGAGUCCAAUAAAAGAAAAAGAUAUUAGAACCCAUUUGCCUGAAUUUCGAAAUGGUCCACCACCACAAGGCAUGCUUGAACUUUUUAAUUAUCUUCACUCUUCACUUCGAACAACGAUCGAGAGAUGUUUUGGACAAUUAAAAGGUCGAUGGAAAAUAUUGACAAUGAUGCCACAAAUGGACACUAAACAUCAAUUGGCAAUUAUGGUUGCUACAUUCACACUUCACAAUUUUAUUCGAUUACAUGAGUUGGAUAUACCCAUUGAUAGUGGUAUAGAAUUCGAACCAAGAGCAGAUUAUGAUUUGUUUAACGAGAAUCGUAAAGCUGUAAUGAAAGAAGUACAACUUAAUAUAGCGAAGGAAAUUUGGAACUUCUUGUAA